AUGUGCGCGAAGAAGGACAAGACACCAGCCGCAACCAUCACGUUUCGCGCCGAUCGGGCCCCCGUGUCACUAGCUCUCCUGGCCUACGUGGGGGGCGUCCACGCAAACUACGUUGCUGAGGCCGAUUUGACCGAACCAACGUACAAGGCGCCCGACGGCGUCCUCACGACGGGCUAUCUGGAGCUUUUUAGGAUCCUUUGGCCGUCUAUGCCUGUUGAGGUCGAGAUGCUUAUUUCUACCGCCGUUCUUCCUCUUCUCUAUUUAAUCGACCAGCCAGCGCAGCCCGAUAUGCUAGAGACGAUAGUCUCUGCAAUAGCGCAGGAUACGCCUGUCUCAACAGGACACAAGGAGCUUGACUAUAUCAUCGUCGGCGCUCCUCACGCUGAUGUCCUCGCCGGACACCCUAGGACAGCUUCUCUGCUUGAGGCAUACGCUUCAGAUGUUGCCCUUAAGGUUGCCCGCGGGCAGACAAGCAUGGCUGUGAAGAACUACACCCGGUCUCUUCUGCCGAAAGACGGGCCUGUGCUUAACAACGCGGAGCUCGGAAAGGUCUGCACUCGCUUCCCGCCCGAGCCGUCCGGGUACCUGCACAUUGGUCACGCAAAGGCGGCCAUGCUCAAUCAUUACUUUGCUCGCGCAUAUAAGGGUCGCCUGCACUUUCGCAUGGACGACACUAAUCCCGGGCGCGAAAACCCGGAGUUUGUCGAAAAUUUGAAGCGUGAUAUGAAGUCUCUGCAGCUCGACUUCGAUUCCUUUUCCUAUACUUCUGACCACUUUGACUUGAUGCUCCAGUUGGCGGAGAAGCUCAUUCUCGACGGGCUGGCGUACUGCGACAAAACCCCGUCAGAAGAGAUGCAGAAGAGGCGAUUUGAUGGAGUUGCAUCCGACUUUCGUGAUACAGCUGUUGGAGAGUCUCUCCGUCUGUGGGAGGAGAUGAAAAAGGGCAGCGAGGAAGGCCAGUUGACGUGCUUGCGGGCAAAGAUAUCCAUCGACGAUCCUAACAAGUGCAUGCGCGACCCAGUGAUCUACAGGGUGAACGUCAAGGACGAGCACCACAGGACCGGGACAAAAUACAAGGUCUAUCCAACCUAUGACUUUGCGUGUCCGAUUGUCGACUCUGUGGAAGGAAUCACGCACGCCCUUCGCACCACGGAGUUUCUAGAUAGAAACAACCAGUACUGGUGGUUCUGCGAUAAGCUAGGCCUACGCAAGCCUGAGCUAUACGAUUUCUCGCGUCUUCGUAUGCAAUACAGUAUCAUGAGCAAGCGUCAUCUGCAGUGGUUUGUGGAGGAAGGACUCGUGGAAGGCUGGUUCGAUCCGCGUUUUCCCACCGUCCAGGGUCUCAUGCGCAGAGGACUGCGCCCCGAUGCCUUGCGGAAGUUCAUAUUGGAUCAGGGCCCGUCGCGCCGCAACAACUAUCAGGAGUGGUCGAAGAUCUGGGCCGUGAAUAAGCAAUUCAUAGAGCCCAUUGCUAAGAGGUUCCACGCCGUCCACUCAGAUGACGCUGUCACUGCCCGAAUCGUGAACUUCACGCCGAAGCAUGCGUUCUACGCGCUGCGGGAUGUCCCACUGCAUGCAAAGAAUGCAGACUUGGGCACAAAGCAGGUCCUCUAUCGUCCCGAGGUUCUCAUCGACUCUUCGGACUUUAAGCAGAUGGAGGACCAGGGCUUGAAGGUCGGCGAUAAACUCACUCUUAUGACGUGGGGUAACAUGCAGAUCGAGGCCGUUGACUACGGCGCCCAGACACUGGCCCUAAGGCAUGUUCCUGAGGAUACAGACUACUCAGGCACCUUGAAGAUCACGUGGGUCGGGAAGUCAAGGACAGUGAAGCGUGUGCGGACGUGCUACUUCGGUCACCUAAUAACCAAGGACAUUCUUGGGCCUGAUGACGACUUCAGAGACUUCGUUAACAAGAGUUCCUUCAAGACGUUCGAUGCAUACGUCCAGGGGAAUAUACUACAAUACGUCAAGCCGAAGGAGACUCUGCAGCUGGAAAGGUGGGGCUUCUACUACUUUGACAGGCUUGAGAAUGGGAUUCCCAUUCUCCAUUACGUUCCCGAAGGUCGAGGCCAUGUGCAAGUGGGGGCCUUCACCUUUUCUGGCGAGUAG